AUGGACCCGCCACCGACCGAACAUCACCGGCUGGACCUACUCACCGCCUUCCGCCGGAUCAUACCCGACUGUCCGGCGCUCCCGAACGGGGAUCAGUUGAAAGGAACGGAUAAUGUGGAGUUUCAGACGCGACAGGGUGGGAUCGAAGUGGAUCGCCAAGUCCUGGUUCAUAUAUCGUCGAAAACGCGUUCCGUCUUCGCAGCGGGAGAGCUGGGACGCGUCAGCGUCUUCCAGGUGGACUACAGCAAGGCCGCCGUGGUGGCGGUGGUAGGCGCGGCCAUGACGCAACGGGAAUCGCUGCCCAUCGAUCCCCGCCGAGCGGCUCCCAUGCUCGUGUACGAGCUCAUGAAGUUGUCGCUGAGUUGGGAGAUUCCGCAACUGCAGCUGUGGACGCAAGUGGCGUUUGUGGAGCGCUUGUGUCAUCCGGUGGCCCAUCUGGCGCAGAUCCCUUUCCCGGAGGCUGUGCGGAUGAUCCGAGUCCAUGCCGAAUCGCAGCCGGCGGGUAGCCGGAUGACCGUGUGCGGACUGGUCGGUCUGCUGCGCAUCCUGCAUUCACCGACGCUGUGCUGGACGCUGGAUGAACUCAUGGAGUGGAUUGCCGGGAAGCCGGCAUUAUGGAAGAGCGUAAUCCAGCGACGCGCUUGGUGCGCGACAGCAGCGUGUUUGUGAUGAGCUUGACGGGGAAAACCAUCAUAGUGUGCAGGUGAAUUUGGCCUAUUGGGUGAACCAGCUGAAAUGCCGGAUUCAGGAGGUCAAACAAAUUUCCAUGGAUCAGCAGCGACUGGUAUUUGCCGGCCGCGAGCUGAACGACAACGUUGCUCUGGUGGACUGCGGCGUCCGCACCGGGGUGACCAUCAAUUUCGUUCUGCGAAUGAGAGGAUGCUGAAGUGACGGAGACAGUCGGCACUCGAGGAAUGGGGAAAAUUACAUUUAAUAGUUGCGUUGCGCAGAAUCGCACUGACCAUCCGAUUGCAUCUUUAUCAACGUCAUUGUUCAUGAUUUCUGCGUUGCUUUUUCGAGUCGAAAAAUUAAGAAAAGGAUAUGUUUCGGUAAUAAUUCGGUGUUUCUCAGAUUUUGCUCACUUUAAGUUUAGGUUUUCAUGGUUUGCUCACCAGAUGUUAAAACGGCCUAAUU